GGGAGUAUAAAACCCAGGUGUGGAUUUUGUGAUCAGAAUAUAAUAUCUCUCAUUUUGGCAAGUGGUAGUUGUUGCAGAAGAGUAAAAUAGUAAAGAGUCACAGCUGAGACACGGAAGAAGAUGCCUUGCCUAAACCUUUCAACCAACGUCAAUCUCGACGGCGUCGACACCUCCGCCAUCCUUUCCGAAGCCACCUCUUCCGUCGCUAAACUCAUCGGCAAACCUGAGGCCUAUGUGAUGAUUGUGUUGAAGGGUUCAGUACCCAUGUCAUUUGGUGGUACUGAGCAGCCAGCUGCCUAUGGAGAACUGGUAUCAAUUGGGGGCCUUAAUCCAGAUGUGAACAAGAAACUGAGUGCUGCAAUUGCUGCAAUUCUUGAAACCAAGCUACAAGUGCCUAAGUCACGGUUUUUCCUCAAAUUCUAUGACACAAAGGGUUCCAACUUUGGAUGGAACGGAUCCACCUUCUGAGCCUGGCAUGUUCUGAAUUUCUCGAAACAUCAGUGAUGUCUAUUCAAAACAAUCUUACUCGUACGGUGAACUGGUGUGAGAAGAAAUUCUUAAAACUUGGCAUGGUAUUUUAAGUUGUUUAUCUACGUGUUUCUGUAGGGAUUAUGAUAUGUAAACGUUCAUGAACACUAAUCCAGCCAGGAGCAGUAUGUUGUCUUGGCUAUUGGCAGUCUUCAAAUAAAAACGUUGAAACUUUUACUA